AGAUUAUAGGAAAUUGACUGGUAAUGACUUACAUUUGCAAUACUACAUUCAAAAAUUCCAAAAAAAUCUCUGUCAAAAUAUGGCCAUUCCCUUUUCUUCCUUUUUUUCUCCAUUGAAAAACAAAAAAAAAUGUUUUUUCUCUUUGUUUUCAAUUCCCAUUUUGCGCAUUCAAUUCCUAUUUUGACCCCAUCUCUCACUUUCUCCCAAUUGAUCAUCCUAACAUCAACCCAUCUUUACCAUUACUACCCUCCCCAUGCCAUUCUCAAGAGAUGGCAUAAAUUGAAUCAAAGGUUGAUGAGGAUGAUGUUUAUUGGAGAUCAGAAAAGGGAAGUGAAGAGUUGGAAUGGUCUUGCAAUUCCACUCACGUAAUUUCGCAGCUAACUCAAUGUUUCAAAUAGCUCGUUACUCAACUUCGCAGGCCUUUAAUCUUUUCAGAAUUUUCUGGAAAUUUUGGCUAGCAGGUAAUGCUAUGGUUGGACCACGAGCAUGGAUAGGAGGUCUUUUCAAUCGUGUAACGAAUAAACGCAGUGAGAAGUUUCUUGGCUUCCUUUUGACCCCUCUUCAGGAACAGAGACUCAGGAAGCUUCAAGAGCGAUUACUAAUACCAUUUGACGAGACCCGACCUGAUCAUCAAGAAGCCCUUAGAUCGUUGUGGAGUGCGGCCUUUCCUGAAGUUGCUUUGAAAGGCAUGAUCUCUGAGCAAUGGAAGGAAAUGGGUUGGCAAGGUCCUAAUCCAUCAACGGAUUUCAGGGGCUGUGGUUUCAUUUCACUUGAAAACUUGCUGUUUUUUGCUAGAAUUUACCCGGCAUCUUUUCGUAGGUUAUUGUUCAAGCAGGGUGGGAAGAGAGCAACUUGGGAAUAUCCAUUUGCUGUUGCCGGCAUUAACGUUUCUUUUAUGUUGAUCCAGAUGUUGGACUUAAGAUCAGAUAAACCAAAAAGUCUCCCAGGAAUCAAUUUUAUUAAAUUACUGGGAGAAGAUGCUGCCGCCUUUGAAGUAUUAUUCUGUUUAGCUUUUGAAAUGAUGGAUGCUCAAUGGCUUGCUAUGCGUGCUUCUUACAUGGAAUUCAAUGAAGUUCUAAAGGUAACAAGAACACAAUUGGAGAGAGAACUAUCAUUAGAAGAUAUUCAUAGAAUAAAAGAUUUACCAGCAUAUAAUCUUUUGUAUCAAUGAUUAAACAAAAAGGUUUAGAUUAGUAAUUAAUCUCCACGUCUUAGGCAUAAAAAGGGCAUCUCAAUCUGAAAAUUUAUAAUGUCAACUUCCCAUCUGUACAAACCAUUUCUUUAGUGAUUUUACAGUUAAACAAUUUCCAAUGGCAA